GGGCUUUUCCCUGGGGGAUGGGCAGCUGGUGAGCGGGUAUCUCUUGGCCCCGGCAUUGCAAACCACACCAUGAACCUCCAGGCCCAACCCAAGGCCCAGAACAAAAGGAAACGGGUUCCGUUUUUCAGUGACCCAGAAACGGCAACAAAGGAACAGCAGCCGCUCAAGGAGGGGCAGUAUUAUGGUCACGGAGGACCAGUUGGCAGCGUCCCUAGCUCCCAGCCCACUGACCUGCCCCCUCACAAUCCCCUGCCGCUACUGAACUCAGUAGUUUACAGAACGGAGCGGGGCAACCCUCCCAUGCUCUCUCAACCGGUGGCAGCUGUGAAGUGGUCAAACUCGGUGAUGGGCCGGGGGCCCGAACGGGCUGGGGAGGCGGGCUGGCAGCAGCAGUCCCAGCCCUCCCCCCACCCCUUGUGGAACCAUGCGAUCACUAUGUACGGUGGCCAGAAAGGGGCCCCUCACCCUGGGGUCGGGGUUUCGGGGUUUUACGGCCACCCCGAGGCCUUGAAGCGCAGCCAGGAGAAAGGGAUCCUGCCCCUGGAUCCCUACAAUGAUGCCAUACAGCAGAUGAUGUCCCAGAAGGCGCAGCUGGAGCUCGGGAGGCCCCAGGCCCCAGUGAACUCCUUCCACACACCCAAGAAACCCCCCGGCCAGCUGCCCCUGCAGCCUUUCCAGUUGGCGUUUGGGAACCAGGUGAACCGUCACGUUUUCCGACAGGCCCCACCCGGCGCCAACCCCAGCGCCUUUCCCCCACCACAGAAGCAGCAGGCCCUCCCCCAGAUGCAGCUCUUUGAGAAUUUCUAUCCCGGCCAGCAGCAGCCUCCACCCCACUCCCAGCAGCCCCAGGACUUCGGCCUCCAGCCAGCCGGCCCCAUGGGCCAGGCUCACCUUGGAGCCCAUCACGGUAUGGUGCCCUGCCCCUUCCCCCCCAAUCCCGAGAUGAACCCAGAGCUCCUGAAGGCCCUCAUGCAGGACCAGCCUACGCAACCCGUGCUACCUCAGGCCCAGAUCUCCUUUCCACGGCGUUCCCGACGACUCUCCAAGGAAGGGAUCCUCCCGCCCCCCUCGUCCACCGCUGCCCUGGAUGGUCCUGCCCCCCAGUCCCGGGAAGAGAUGUCCAGCAACCUGUUCUUGCACCACUGGUCCCAGCAGCAGCAGCACCUGCCUCACCCCGACACUCUGGGUCACGACAAGGGCGCUCACCUGGCCCAGUCCGAGCAGCCUGGAGUGGCUCUCGGUGGUCAGCAGCACGGGCCGGAGGGGGAGCGGCUGGCCCAGAACGGGCGGGAGCGGGAGGCCCCCGAAGGCAGCGACGCCUGGGCGGCCAACGACUUUGGGGUGGUUCGAGGAGGGGUGAUUCAGAGCACACGGCGGCGGCGGCGGGCUUCCCAGGAGGCCAAUCUGCUGACUUUGGCUCAGAAAGCUGUGGAACUGGCCUCGCUCCAGAACUCAAUGGAGGGAGAAGGCCUCGAGGAGAGGCGGAAGACAGUGGUAGCAUCUGCAGCCAAGAGUGUGGUGGAGUUCGCUGGGCCCUCGCCCCCCUCCAAACGAGCCCGAGAAGAGAUGGUCCCUCUUAUCAUCCCCGUGUCAGUCCCUGUGUGCAGGGUAGAUUUGCCAGAGGUAGCCCAGCUGGGAUAUUCAGAUGAGGAAGGGAAAGUCCCUUUGGCCUCUGCACCUGAUCGGAGCCCCACGGAACACAAGCCCUCAGUCAUUGUCACACGAAGGAGAUCCAACCGGAAUCCCAUGGCCGAUGCGCCAGCCCAGGCUGAAGAUGCGGACGCCAAGGGGGAUGGUGAGGGCUUGGUCCGGAAACCCAAGCAGAGGCCUCGCCCUGAGCCCCUGAUCAUCCCCACCAAGGCAGGCACUUUCAUCGCUCCUCCAGCCUACUCCAACAUUACUCCCUAUCAGAGUCACCUCCGCUCUCCCGUCCGCCUGACUGACCACCCGUCUGACAGAAACUUUGAGCUCCCCCCCUACACGCCCCCGCCCAUCCUCAGCCCCGUGCGGGAAGGCUCUGGCCUCUACUUCAAUGCCAUCAUGUCAGCCACUGGCCUCGUCGCCCCUCCCCCCAUCACACCAAAGAGUGCCCACCGCACCCUCCUCCGAUCCAACAGUGCUGAAGUCACUCCACCUGUUCUUUCUGUGAUGGGGGAAGUUACACCUGUCAGCAUUGAGCCUCGAAUCAAUGUGGGGACUAGGUUCCAAGCCGAAAUCCCCCCAAUCCGGGAUAGGGCCCUGGCAGCUGUAGAUGAACAUAAAGCAGACCUGGUCUGGCAGCCGUGGGGAGACCUGGAUGCUAGCAGGGAGACGCAAGGGCAAGUGGAAGAUCUUCUGACUGCUGCCUGCUCUAGUAUCUUUCCUGGGGCUGGAACCAACCAGGAGCUAGCCUUGCAUUGCUUGCAUGAAGCCAAGGGCGACAUCUUGGCAACACUGACCAAAUUGCUGCUCAAGAAGCCACUUCGACCUCCUGAUCACCCAUUGGCAAAUUACCACUAUACAGGGUCUGACCAAUGGAAAGUAGCUGAAAAAAAACUAUUCAAUAAGGGCAUUGCCAUCUACAAGAAAGAUUUCUUCCUAGUGCAAAAGUUGAUUCAGACCAAAACAGUGGCCCAGUGUGUGGAGUUCUACUAUACCUACAAGAAGCAGGUGAAAAUUGGGCGAAACGGGACCCUAACCUUCGGGGAUAUUGAUACCACAGAUGAGAAGCUGGGUCAGGAGGAAGUAGAAGUGGACAUUAAGAGUUCCCAGAGGUUGACAAAGGUCCAGCCUCCCAGAAGGGAGGCCCCACCUGAAGAAUGUGCAGUGGCCAAGAAGGAGGUCAAGAAGGAGGAUGGGGAGGAAGAAAGGAAGCAGGAAGAGCAAGAAGAGGUGCGAGAGAGGAGCCGGAGGGCAGCUGCUGUCAAAGCUGCCCAGACGAUACAGGCCAAUGAGGCGAUCAAUGAUGUCCUCAUCCUCAGAAGCCAUGAGUCCAGUGCUCCCGGGGUGGCCAGCAGCCGAGCUGUAGAGAAGCCCAAGGAGAGCUCUGGGAAGUCUCGAAGAGCCGGACCCAUCCCUGAGAAGAAGACCCCAGAGACCUUAAAUAAAACCCAGAACCAGGACAGCACGUUCCCUUGCAAAAAAUGUGGCAGGGUCUUCUUCAAGGUAAAAAGCCGCAGCGCCCACAUGAAAAGCCACGCAGAACAGGAGAAGAAGGCGGCAGCGCUCAAGCAGAAGGAGAAGGAAGCCGCGGCUGCGGCAGCCGCAGCCGCCGCCGCCGCCACCCGCCUCCAGGCCCGACGGGACAACAGCAGCAGUAGCAAUGGUGGUGGUGGUGGUGGCGGUGGCAGCAGCAGUGGGGGGAGCUCGGAUGAAGAUGGUGAAAUGUAGUGAGCAGGGGCCGGGGACUCGGCUGGGAAAGCUGUGAGGCUGGUUCUCCCUCACACUCCCCGUCGGCUCCCUCUCCUGCCUUGUGGCUGCAGCUGCCUGGCUCCAUGGACACUCAGCGGGGAGUCAGAAGGGAAUUGUGAAGACUGAAAAAAAUAUAACAAAAGACAAGCUUUUAUUUAAUUUAUAAAGGCCCUGGGAACAGUGUUACCUGGGGCAGGACCCAGUUCUCCCUCUACUGAACCUUGUCCCUGUGCUUUUUCAGAAUGGUAGGACUCCUCCUCUCAUGCUACUUGGAGACUUCCAGCCUAGAGUCACCCAUCUCCCCCCACCAAGCCUCAUGGCCAUUAUCGGUUGCUGCUGCUACUUCUGCUGCUUUUUGGACAUCAAACUUGCUGCACAAUUUCCCCCUUUUUUUCUUGACCUUCCAUUCCUCCCCUCUGAGUCACUUGGAAGACAUUUUAGGAGAUAGAAAGCUUAGCUCAAGUUUGCAAGAUUUCACCCUGUUCUGGACACAGCCUACUGAGCGCCAACAGAAAUCGAGCAACUCCACCGGCAAGAUGCGCUCGCUUGUCUCUCCUCCCUGGCUCAGGUGGGUGAGAGGGGGCGGCCCCUUCUGGGAGAGGAGUAUUCGGUCUGCUCCUUGAACCUGCCACCUGGAAUUGGCCCAGGUGAGCCUCCAGCCAGGGCCAGGAAGGAGCAGGCAAGCACACUGACACCCAAACCAAAGUUACUCUUUUCCAGCAUCUCUUCUUCCCCUGGAGGGAGGCUGCUGGGUAUGCAUUGUGUGCCUGGGCAGCUGUGGACAGAGUGAAAAAGAAGUGGCAGGGAUCCAGCUUUUUUUCCCCCUGCUAUCCUUUUCAAGGUCUUAGCUUUCCUGUUUUCUGGCAACUCUGCCUAGAGCUAAGAUGAAUUUCUCAAACCUUUGGAGAUCCAAGCCAAAAUUAAUGGCAUCUGUCCUUGCUAAUAGAUCUUCCUGGGGAAAGGGAACUAGACGGCUGUCUCUGCCAGAGGGAAAGGACUGAUGAGAAAGGAGGCUGCCUGUGGAGGGGAAGGUAGCCAAAGUUUUGCUAAAUUGGACUCAUCCUUAUCUCUCACCCCCUUGCCAGAUGCCUUUCGGUCCUUAGCUACUGUGAAGGAGGACACUUAAAAAGAGACUAGCUACAAGUCAUUCAGGACUUCUUCCUUGAGAUUAAAUUUAUUAAUCCUAGGGAGAUGCCUGAGUUGACAGCCUUCAGCUUUCCUGGUGGUGGUCCCCUACAGUUCUAAGGUCAGAACCAAUCCACGUCCACCUCCUUGAAUUGCCAAAACAGACCCCCAGAUUUCUUCAGAUUUUGGGAUCCUUUCCUGUCAGAGUGGUCACUGAAUUAGAUAGGAAAGGAUUAUGAUUUCGGAGUUAUUUAUUUUUCAUAUUUAAUUUUUCAUAUCCUCUCAGGGAGAGGGGCCUCUUGCUUUCCAGAGGCCCAAUUCGUUUAUCCAAAAGUAAGAUACCUACCUGUCCUCGGAGGGAAAUAACAACAUGUACCUGUGGUGUAGGACCUUUUCUAUCAGUCACUGUGGGAACUGUCCCUCACAGCAGAGGAAGUGAGGUUUCCCCAAACCCAUCACAGGAUACUUGCUCAAAGCAACAGAGAACCCAAGACAGAAAAUACUUCAGUGUUUGGAAAAGGAUUUUCUUUUAAAGAAACUGAAACCAGUUCUGCUUGCUCAGCUUCAGAUAGGUUCUCCACUUUCAGAUAGGUUCAGAGUAAUGGUGGUGGAAAGCCCAUUCAAUUCUGGGCUGAGUGUGGAUUUCAUUCAGGUAGACCCUUGGGGGGAAAAACCAACCCCAAAAACUGUUGUUAAUAGGAUACAGGUUUACUAAAAGUAGUGGAAUGAAAACUUAGAACAAGACUGAUUUCUGCUCACAUACUUAACCUAUAACUUUAUAAAUUAGGUCUAAAGGAAGUAGCAUUCCCAGUGAGGGCAUCUAGGUAACUAGGUGCAUCAGGCUAGUGAUUUGGGGAAGGGGAUUGCUUAUAAACUAUAUGCUAUCAGGUAUUCUUCAGUGUCAUUUAUACAUUAAUAUGGGUCUCUGGGGCCUCCAUAGAGGGAGUAACCAAAUUCUUCUGCCUUGCCUCCUAAAGAAUGACCAAAUUUCCUAACUCCUCGCCCACUGAUCUGUUUUGCUCCAUACGAUUGUACAAAUUCAAUGUCCUAUGAUUUGUAUAAAAUCUUGUAUAUGAUCCAGAAGCAGGAAGUUAAGCUCAAUAUGAGUGCCUUCUCAGCUCAGCCCUGAAGUGCUACUUAUAUGUCCCAAGAUUUUUCUAUUUAAAAAUUCCUUUAAUUUCAGUCCUUGUUUAGAUACACAACAGCUGCUCUUGUAACAGAAACCUUCAGCCAGAUGAGACCCUUCCAUUCACUCAAAACAUGGUAGAUAGAACUCACUCUCUUGGAAUUCUUGGAACAGUGAUUCUCUUCCCUUGCCCCCAGCUAGUAAGGAUCUUCCCUGGUAGGGGUAGGAAAGGGAGCCAAAAUAGUAUCUCUUAAUUUGGGAAGAGAAAGUUAUCUACAGUAAAAUGUGAAAAAAAAUGUAUCUUUAAAGAAUUAAAGGCAAUCAUGGCUAAUAAAAUGCAUAUAAAACAAUUUGUAAACAAAGCUAAAUAUAUUCUUCAAUGGUGCUGUUCUCGAUCUGUGAUAGGUCACAAUUUUUUUUCUUUUAUUUGCUUAGCCUAAUCAGAAAGUCCAUUGCUUUGGGAAGUUGGAUAAUCAGCAUCUCCAGCUUUAAGGAUUUCUGCCUCCUCUCCUAUUCCUAUCAUUCUAUGUCCAUUUUAAUAGCCACCGUCACCACCCACCUAAAUAAAGGCAUGAAACUCUGAUAUCAGAGUCGAGAUGGUAUAGGGAAACCUAUCGCCUCAAGGCCCUUUGUUAAUAGUGCCAUACAACCUGGGAUGUGAUUUCGGUUAACAAAUAGUGUGGCUACUUGCUUUGCUCCCUUUUGAUAUUUCAUUGGGCUGACUUUUGUCCUUUGAAAGAAAAGGGGUUCCCCACCUCUGAUCUGGAUUGUAAAUUUGGUCUUGUUACUAUACGUUAAGGGAGCACUGCAGUGCCAUUUUAUUUUAUUUUUUUUUUUUUACUGCCUUUAAUCUCCAUCCAUGAUUAAAAUACAUUCCCUCCUCUUCUGCCAUCCACAUACCUCCCACUGUACCAAAUGUUGUUUAACCAGUGGUAUAGGGGCUUUUUUAUAUGCUGCUUGGGUCAAAAGGGAUUGUCUGCAUUCAACUGCCUCUGUGAAGCCGCUUCUCAUUCUUAUACCACAUGCUAGACUGAAGGGAGAAUACGAUGCAUAUUCAAGCCUCAGCUGUUCCAAUGUUCUCUCUGGGGCGUGCUUCUGGGAUGGUGUUUCACCAGCCUGGAAGGCCUGACUCUUUAGGUUUACAGAGAAUAUGCAUGUUUCUAGAAAACAUUUCUAUAUUUAAAACCAGAUAUUCUUCCUUCCCAUUCUGUUGUGUUGAUAUUGCUAACAACAAUUUGCAGCUGUUUCAACCAUUACUUGUUUAAAUCUCUAAGUUGGAGGUCUUUUGGCAGGGGACAGAGCACAGGAACAGUCAGUCUGUAAUUAUUGUAUAAAUGCUUUCAUAGCAUAUAAAUAAGUAUAUUACUUUUAUUUUGAAAAAUGAUCAGACACUGCCUUUUGUGUGUUUGCUGCCUGUGGCAACCUUUUUAAAGACUGUUACAUAUUAAAAUAGUGUACAUAUAUAUUAUAUUAUAUAUAUUAUUUACCUUUUUUGCUGUACAGUUGUGAUAGACCAGACUGAAGAUUUUAUUUUUUGUGUGCUUUUUAUAAAAAAAAAUUAAUACACUAAAGAAAAUCUUGCUGAUGUGAUUGUAAUGUACCCAUGUAACUUAUUUACUUUUGAAUGUCUUUCCAUAUCUCUAAACCUUUUAUUAAAUAAGGUUUUAAAAAUU